AUGCGAAAUAUAGCUAUAAUUGGCGGUGGUGUCAGCGGUUUAAUAUGUAUCAAAUGUUGUUUGGAUGGAGGACUAUCGCCUAUAAGUUAUGAAAUGACAAAUGAUAUUGGUGGUCUCUGGAAUUACGAUGCCAAUGCAAUUGAUGGUAAAGCAAGUGUAAUGAAAUCAACUGUAAUUAAUACAUCAAAAGAAUUUAUGGCAUUUAGUGAUUAUCCUCCAUCAAUUGAGUAUCCAAAUUAUAUGCAUAAUACUAAAUUAUUAGAAUAUUUUCGUAUGUAUGCAACACAUUUUGAUCUUAUUAAAUAUAUUCGAUUUCGUCGACGUGUUACACGUAUUCAACCUGCUGAUGAUUAUGAACAAACAGGUUGUUGGUUAGUAUAUAGUGUUGAUGUCGAACAGAAAGAUAAAGAAAUGAUAGGUAAUGAAACAUGUGAAAAAUAUGAUGCUGUUAUGUUAGCAACUGGACAUCAUGCUCAUCCACGAUGGGCUAAUUUUCAUGGAUUAGAAAAUUUUAAAGGCAUUUGGCAAUAUAAGACUUCGCAUGGUUUUGAAGAUAAAAAUGUACUUAUUAUUGGCAUUGGUAAUUCCGGUGGAGAUUUAGCUGUUGAAUUAGGUCGUGUAGCCAAACAGGUCUAUUUGAGUACUCGUCGUGGUACAUGGGUAAUGAAUCGUGUUGGACCUAGUGGAUGGCCGAUUGAUAUGUUACUGUCAAAUGAAGUCCUUGGUGCAGUUCAAAGAUAUUUUCCUUCAUUAAUGAAUUGGCUUAUGGAAAGAGAUAUGAAUCAAAGAUUUAAUCAUGAAAUUUAUGGUCUUAAACCAAAUUAUCCUCCUUUAGCACAACAUCCAUUUUUAAACGAUGACUUAGCUAAUAGAAUCUUAUGUGGUUCUGUUAUUAUUAAACCUGAUGUUAAAGAAUUUACAGCUGAUGGUCACGGUGUUAUGUUCAAUGAUGAUUCUAAAGUUGAUCGUAUUGAUUGUGUUCUUAUGGCAACAGGCUUUAAUAUUGCAUUUCCGUAUUUAGACGAAAAAAUUUUAGCUGUCAAAGAUAAUAGAAUUCGACUUUAUGAAUAUGUUUGGCCAUCUCAUAUGACUCAUCCAACACUUGCUGUUAUGGGUCUUGUACAACCAUGGGGUGCUAUUAAUCCUGUGACAGAACUUCAAGCACGUUGGGCUGUUCGAGUAUUUAAUGGUGAAUUAAAAUUACCAUCACGUUUAAAAAUGGAUGAAGAUAUCGAUGAGAAAAUUCAUCAAAUGUCACAACGAUAUGCUGCAUCACCACGACAUACUCUAGAAGUUGAUCAUGUAGAUUUUUGUAAUGAAUUAGCUGAACAAGCUGGUUGUCGACCAAAUAUAUUGAAUUAUUUGAUAAAGGAUUUUAAACUUGGUUGGCGUUUACUAUUUGGACCAUGUACACCGUAUCGAUACCGUUUACAAGGUCCAAAUAAAUGGGAAGGUGCACGACAAGCUAUUUUAACACAAUAUGAAAGAGUUGAAUAUCCAUUACGUGUUAGUCGUAAACAAGAACAAAAUCAACAAAAGAAAUUUUCAAUAAAUUGGACACCUACGUUUUCAAUCGUAUUUUUUAUAUUAGUUUCCUUCAUUAUUUUUCAAUGCUUUAUAUAA